AAGAAAGUGUGUGGGUGUGUGUGCUUUACUUCUAAUCUGAAAGAAGAAGAAAAAAGAUUGAAAUUAAUUAUGGCAAUUAGAUCAAAAAUAGGAUCAGGUGAGCUGCAGAAUCCUCUUGUUCUUGGAAGAGUAAUUGGAGAUGUUGUUGAUCCCUUCAGUCCAACCAUUAAAAUGUCUGUCACUUUCACCAAUAACAAACAAGUCCUCAAUGGCCAUGAAUUCUUCCCUUCUUCUCUUUCCCUCAAACCUAGGGUUCAUAUUCAGGGAGAAGAUAUGAGAUCAUUGUUCACUCUGGUUAUGGUUGACCCUGAUGUUCCUGGCCCUAGUGAUCCUUACUUGAGGGAACACCUUCACUGGUUGGUGACUGACAUUCCAGGAACUACUGAUGCUACUUUUGGAAAAGAAGAAAUGAGCUAUGAAAUUCCAAAGCCAACAAUAGGAAUUCACAGGUUUGUGUUUAUUCUGUUCAAACAAAAGCGUCGUCGUUCUGUGAAUCCUCCUUCAUCAAGGGAUCGUUUCAACACUCGAAGAUUUUCUUGUGAGAAUGAUUUGGGUCUUCCUGUUGCUGCUGUCUAUUUCAAUGCUCAAAGAGAAACUGCUGCAAGGAGGCGAUAAAUAUCAAAAUCCUCCUCCUCCUCCUCCUCAUCAUCAUCUUUUAAUCACUUAAUUAAUUAAUGCCACAUGCAUUUAUAUGUAUCAUUCUAAUUUUAUGGAUUAUGUUUACAAAGGAUAAAAUAUUUGUU